GAAAAUUUUUGAGAAUGAAUGUCAAAGCAUUGAAAUUCUCAAACAUUUUUCUACUUAUUCUGCUAAUAUUGGGUUUAUACUUCUAUUUGAUAAAACCUAGUAGAUUAGCAGUUGUUGUGGUUGAUGGAAAAGUUGUAGAUUUUAGUGGAGUCGAGGAGUUCAUCGUUCCAUUUGUCAAUUUUACGCAAUUGUUUUAUGUGGCUCCAAAGCACAAACUGAUUUCUUGUGGAAUUCGGAAAUCAAUGACUCAAUUAACAAUGAACAUAAUGUGCCUACUUUACAACGAAACACAAUUCUACGACGACAAUCAGAGCCUCAAUGACACGUGGCUCACCGAGAGAAAAUGUCUUGAAAACGACGACUUCAUUUAUCCCACGGAAUCUCUGGAAAAUGAUAUCGAAACUGCAAGAUUCGCGUUCAUUCGUGACCCGAUCCAAAGAUUUGUGUCGCUGUAUCUCAACAAGUGUGUACGAGAGAAAUCGUGCUAUAAUUGCGGAGACGACAUGAGAUGUACAGUUUGGAAAAUCUAUGAAGGAUUGAAAAAAAUUCAAGAUCAUUGGGAUGGGCACUCAGAGAUUGGGUUUAUGGAAGGACACGCCGCACCGUUGUCUUGGAACUGCGAUUUCGACAAGGAUCUCCCAAAAUGGCAGUUGUUAAUGAUGGGAGCAGACUCAAAUGAAAGAAAAUCAUCGAUUUUACAUUUGGCUAACAUUUUGAAGAAACAAGGAGUUAAACAGGAACUUGUUGAGAAAAUUCAAGAGGAUAUGAUUGCCGGCGAAACAGGCCACUCUACCCAUAAGUCUGCAGAAAGAAUUGAAGCAGAAAGACAAGUACGAGAAGAUCCAUUUAUUCGAGAUUUACUUCAUAAAAUUUAUUUCUUUGAUUAUGUUGUAUUUCCAUUUAAAAGAGAUCACUUGGAUCCAAAGUAUCAGUCCAAUUUUUGGACGUUACCUAAAUAAAAUUGAGUUUCAUUGCCAAAAAUGUUUCAUUAAUGUAAGUAAAAUUU